AGUCCGCCCGCCUUCCCCACCGCCCGUUGGGUGUGCGGUGCCCCCGCGCCCGCCCCUCCGCCGAACGGCUCCUCCCGGGCCCCUCUGGGGCUGUGGCUGUGGCGGAUGGAGGGUUCUGUCGCGGCGCUCCGUCUUGCCUCGCCGCCCUCCGUCUCUCCCGGGGCCAUGGCCGGCGCGAGGCAGCCGCAGAAUGAUGGCCUUCGAUCCUUACCCUUGUCUGGCCAUGUUGGUUUUGAUACUUUACCUGAUCAGCUGGUUAACAAAUCCAUCAAGCAGGGCUUCUGCUUCAACAUUCUUUGUAUUGGGGAAACUGGAUCUGGGAAAUCUACCUUAAUAAACAGUCUGUUUAACACCAGUAUUGAUGACCCCAUGUCAACUCAUUUUCACCCAAAUGUAAGACUUAAAGCUCAGAGAUAUGAACUCCACGAAAGCAAUGUUCGUUUGAAACUGACCGUUGUGAGUACCGUGGGAUUUGGUGACCAGUUAAACAAAGAAGAUAGCUACCAGCCAAUAGUGAAUUACAUAGAUGCACAAUUUGAAGCCUAUCUCCAAGAAGAACUGAAAAUUAAACGUUCAGUAUUUAACUACCAUGAUACUCGCAUCCACGUGUGCCUCUACAUCAUUUCACCUACAGGCCAUUCCCUAAAGACUCUAGAUUUGUUAACCAUGAAAAGUCUAGACAGCAAGGUGAACAUUAUACCAAUUAUAGGCAAAGCAGACAGCAUUUCUAAAACAGAACUACAGCAGUUCAAGAGGAAACUCAUUACUGAAUUAGUUAGUAAUGGUGUUCAGAUAUACCAGUUUCCAACUGAUGAUGAAGCCAUUUCUCAAAUUAAUACCAUCAUGAAUGGGCAUUUACCGUUUGCUGUAGUGGGAAGUACAGAAGAGGUGAAAAUUGGAAACAAAAUGGUGAAAGCUCGUCAGUACCCUUGGGGCAUUGUACAAGUGGAAAAUGAGAACCACUGUGACUUUGUGAAGCUCCGUGAGAUGCUCAUUUGCACAAAUAUGGAAGAUUUAAUAGAGCAAACUCAUGCAUGCCAUUAUGAGCUGUACAGACGCUGCAGACUGCAGGAGAUGGGCUUCAGAGACAAUGACCCUGAGAACAAGCCAGUAAGGAAGGAAAACAGCGUAUCUUAAAGGCCAUUAGACUUCUUCCUCUAAAAGUCCCUUGGAAUUGGAGUUCAUCUGACCAAGCAUUUAAUUAUUGGAAUGUCUGUUAUAAGUUUGGAAAAAAAAUGGAAGGAGAGGCAUGGAAUACUGAAAGUGCCCACGGAUGUCAUCAUGAGAUCUGUCUUAAUUAUUUUAUAACAGUUUUGGGAAUCUGCAGAGAUCCCAGUUGACUGAAAACUGGUUAACAUUGUUCCAAUUUUCAAGAAAGGCAAGAAGGAAGACGCUGAUAAUUACAGACCUGCCAAUCUCACUGGCUUGGCAAAAUUAUGGAGAAUAUUACUGUGGGAGUUACUGACAAACACCUGAAAGACAACGCAGUCAUGGGUCACAGCCAACGUGGGCUUACAGGGUAAAGUCCUGUUUAAUGAACGUAAUCUCCUUUUAUGACAAGGUUACCACUCAGCUGACCAAGGGAAGCCCGUUCACACAAUCUUUCUGGAUUUCUGCACGGCUUUGAAUAUUGUUUCUUACGGUAUCCUUCUGGAGAAAAUGUCUGACAUGCAGCUAGAUGAGUAAAUAACAUGAUGAGUGACCAAUCAGUUGGUGUGUCCAGAUGUAACGUCCUGUGUUAAGACUGAGGUUUCGCAAUGUGGAAAUUCUGGGGGGAUUUUUCUGGAAAUUUCAGUGUCUUGAUUAUUAAUCAACUUCUGCCUCCAAUGUGAAUCAUUUUUACUUGGAAGUUAUAACUCCAAUGUUUUAGAACAUGAGAUUUCCCAGGUGCUUUAUUUACUUUGAAAAGUAAAGUACUGUUAGGUUCAAUAUUUUUUGUUUUUGCAAGGUUGUUUACUUAAAUAAAAAUUAAGAAAGCUCAGAAA